UUUUUUUAAUCUCCUUUAGGAGGUCUACUUAUUAAAUGAUGGGCAACAUUUGAAGCGUACUCUACAAGAUUUGUUGAAGAUUCUGUAUGAAAUUCAACUACUCUGUUACGGAAGAUGAUAAAGAAAUGAUAGCAGCUCCAGAAAUACCAUCCGAGUUUCAUCUCUUACAGGAAUCUGAGACGCACUUUUCAUCGGAUACAGACUUUGAAGAUCCGGAAGGGAAAAACCAAAAGCAAGGCAAAGGCAAAACAGGUAAAAAAGGAAAAAAAGAGAGGGGUAUUCUUGGAGGCUUUGGUCGCAUGAAUGGCCAUCAUCAGCAGAAUGGAGUGGAAAACAUGAUGUUGUUUGAAGUUGUCAAAAUGGGCAAAAGUGCUAUGCAGUCUGUAGUGGAUGACUGGAUAGAGUCCUAUAAGCAUGAUCGAGAUACAGCACUUCUGGACCUCAUUAAUUUUUUCAUCCAGUGUUCAGGGUGUAAAGGUAUUGUUACUAGUGAAAUGUUUCGCCAUAUGCAAAAUUCUGAAAUUAUUCGAAAGAUGACAGAGGAGUUUGAUGAGGACAGUGGUGAUUACCCUCUUACUAUGGCUGGUCCUCAGUGGAAAAAGUUCAAGUCAAGUUUCUGUGAAUUUAUUGCUGUGCUGGUUCGACAAUGUCAAUAUAGUAUAAUAUAUGAUGAGUAUAUGAUGGAUACAGUCAUCUCUCUGCUUACUGGGCUAUCGGAUUCCCAAGUUAGAGCAUUCAGGCACACCAGCACAUUAGCAGCUAUGAAAUUGAUGACUGCCUUAGUUAAUGUGGCUUUGAAUCUUAGCAUUAACAUGGACAAUACCCAAAGGCAAUAUGAAGCAGAAAGAAAUAAAAUUAUUGGUAAACGCGCAAAUGACAGGUUAGAAUUUCUGCUCCAAAAACGAAAAGAGCUUCAAGAAAAUCAAGAUGAAAUUGAGAAUAUGAUGAAUGCAAUUUUCAAAGGUGUUUUUGUACAUAGAUAUCGUGAUUCGAUAGCCGAAAUCCGAGCUAUCUGUAUUGAAGAAAUUGGAAUGUGGAUGAAGAUGUACAGUGAUGCCUUCCUGAAUGAUAGCUACUUAAAAUAUGUUGGAUGGACUAUGCACGACAAGCAAGGUGAAGUGCGACUUAAAUGUUUAACAGCAUUGCAAGGUCUUUAUUACAAUAAAGAGCUGAAUUCCAAGCUGGAGCUGUUUACCAGUCGAUUUAAGGACCGAAUUGUGUCCAUGACGUUAGACAAAGAGUAUGAUGUAGCAGUUCAAGCAAUAAAACUUCUUACCCUUGUUUUGCAGAGUAGUGAAGAAGUUUUGACCGCAGAGGACUGUGAAAAUGUCUACCAUUUAGUUUACUCUGCACAUCGGCCAGUAGCUGUAGCAGCAGGAGAGUUCCUUUAUAAAAAACUUUUUAGUUAUCGAGAUCCUGAAGAUGAUGGUAUGCUUAAAAGAAGAGGGAGACAGAGCCCAAAUGCCAAUCUAAUUAAAACUAUGGUUUUCUUCUUUUUGGAAAGCGAGUUACAUGAGCAUGCAGCAUACCUUGUGGACAGCAUGUGGGAUUGUGCUACAGACAUUUUGAAGGACUGGGAAUGCAUGACUGCUUUGCUGUUAGAGGAGCCUCUGAAUGGAGAAGAACCUCUGACUGACAGGCAAGAGACUGCGCUGAUUGAAAUUAUGCUGAGCACAAUACGACAAGCUGCAGAAUGUCAUCCACCUGUAGGAAGAGGAACAGGAAAAAGGGUGUUAACAGCGAAAGAAAAGAAAACUCAGCUCGAUGACAGAACACGUGUUACUGAACAUUUUGCAGUAGCUUUACCACAGCUGUUAGCUAAGUAUUCUGUUGAUGCAGAAAAAGUGACAAAUUUACUGCAGUUGCCUCAGUACUUUGAUUUAGAGAUUUAUACAACUGGAAGGUUAGAAAAGCACUUGGAUGUCUUAUUAAGACAGAUACGGGAUAUUGUAGAAAAGCACACAGACACAGACGUUUUAGAGGUGUGCUCUAGAACAUACCACGCUCUAUGUAAUGAAGAAUUCACAAUAUUUAACAGAGUAGACAUUGCUAGGAGCCAGUUAGUAGAUGAACUUGUUGACAAGUUCAACCGCCUUUUGGAGGACUUCAUACAAGAGGGAGAAGAACCGGAUGAAGACGAUGCAUAUCAGGUCUUGUCUACUUUAAAAAGAAUCACUGCUUUUCACAAUGCACAUGAUCUGUCAAGGUGGGACUUGUUUGGUAGCAAUUAUAAGUUGUUGAAGACUGGUAUUGAAAAUGGAGAUAUGCCAGAGCAGAUCGUCAUUCAUGCAUUGCAGUGCACUCAUUAUGUCAUUCUUUGGCAGCUAGCAAAAAUUUCUGAAAGUGGCUACACAAAGGAAGAGCUGUUGACCUUAAAGAGGCAAAUGAGAGCGUUUUGCCAAAUCUGUCAGCAUUAUCUUACUAAUGUAAAUACUGCAGUUAAAGAACAGGCCUUCACCAUUCAGUGUGAUAUGCUGAUGAUUUUUAGCCAUCAGAUUGUAGCUGGAGGACGUGAUAUUUUGGAACCACUUAUUUACAGUCCAGAUUCUUCUCUUCAGUCAGAACUCCUCAGUUUUAUUCUGGAUCAUGUUUUUAUAGAUCAAGAUGAUGACGGUAACAGCAUCAUCAAUGGGCAGCAGGAUGAUGAAGCCAGCAAGAUAGAAGCUUUACAUAAGAGAAGAAACCUCCUUGCCGCAUUUUGUAAACUCAUAGUGUACAGCGUGGUAGAAAUGAAUGCGGCUGCAGAUAUUUUCAAACAAUACAUGAGGUAUUACAAUGACUACGGUGAUAUCAUCAAAGAAACAAUGAGUAAAACAAGGCAGCUAGAUAAAAUCCAGUGUGCUAAAACACUAAUUCUUAGUUUACAACAGCUUUUCAAUGAAAUGACCCAAGAAUACGGCUACAAUUUUGACAGGACGUCAUCAGCGUUCAGUGGUAUUAAAGAACUUGCCCGUCGUUUUGCUCUUACGUUUGGGUUGGAUCAGCUCAAAACAAGAGAAGCUAUUGCUAUGUUGCACAAAGAUGGUAUAGAGUUUGCUUUCAAAGAUCCCAGUCCACAGGGUGAGGGGCAUCCUCCAUUGAACUUGCCGUUCCUCGAUAUUCUAAGUGAGUUUUCUUCUAAACUUCUGCGACAAGAUAAAAGGACUGUCUAUGUGUAUCUGGAGAAAUUCAUGACAUUUCAGAUGUCCCUGCGAAGGGAGGAUGUAUGGCUUCCACUGAUGUCAUAUAAAAAUUCCUUGUUAGCUGGAGGCGAUGAUGAUACCAUGUCUGUUAUUAGUGGAAUUAGCAACCGGGGAUCAUCUGUCAGAAAUAAGAAAAUGAAGCCAGCAACUGGCAAACGGAAACUUCCUGAGGCUGAAGAAAGUAGUAGUGGUGAUGGUUUAUGGGUGAACCGUGACCAAGCGUUGCAAACCCCAGUCAUGAUGCAAGCACCACAGUUAACAUCCACAGUCAUGAGGGAACCAAAAAGGUUGCGACCUGAAGAUAGUUUUAUUGGAGUCUAUCCUCUACCGCCUGAACACCAUCCUCCGCAGUUAGAUUACAACACCCAGGUAGCAUGGAUGCUGGCUCAGAGACAGCAUGAAGAAGCCAGGCAGCAGCAGGAAAGAGUUGCAAUGAAUUAUGCCAAAAUACGGUCCAACUUGCAGCAUGCUAUCCGGCGUGGUACUGGCCUAAUGGAAGAUGAUGAAGAACCAAUAGUUGAAGAUGUGAUGAUGUCAUCAGAAGGACGAAUCGAGGACCUCAAUGAAGGCAUGGAUUUUGAUACUAUGGAUAUCGACUUGCCGCCAUCCAAGAACAGACGGGAAAGGACAGAGUUAAAGCCAGACUACUUUGAUCCUGCAUCAAUUAUGGAUGAAUCUGUAGGAUUAAGGUCCUUGGAGUUUCAGUGUUUCAACAACUUGUGAAAUCUGUGGUCUAGGCAUUUUCUAAAUGGAAGGGGCAAUUUUUACAUACAAAUUGUGGUAGAUACAGUGAAAUUCUGUACAGAUUUUUCUUCUGUGAGGAGAACAUUACAAGGAAUGCUUACCUAGUUCAAGUGCAUUGACAGGCAAUCUUGCCAGAGAAUGUGAUUAUUUAAAGGACAGCCUAACAGUUUUAUUUGUGGAUAAGCUAAAUACUGGUCAGUUUUUAUUGGUUAUUUUUCACUUUUAUGUGUGGAAACGGAUGUUCACGUAAAGCCUCUAUGAAAAUGUCUUCAGUACAUGCUUCUGUUAAGAGAACAGUAUUCUGAUUUUGAGUGGUGCUGCAACAGACUGUGGGUCGACGAGUCCUUGAUGUUUUCUUGGAGAUGGUCAUGACCUGCACUACUCACUUUUUACUUCCCGAAACAGAAUGGCUGUAUAUUUGCAUGUUUUCAGAAUGGAAGGAUUUUUCAACCCAGACUGUUCAAAUACUUAAGUACAAACCACAAACGUUUGUACCAUUACAAGUUAUUGCUGAAAAUUUUAAUUAAAGAGUGUUUAAUAAAGAAUGUUUGUAUUUUAUUUAAUAUUUUUAUAGAUUUAUCUGCUUCUGGGAUGAUUUCACAUUUAGAUGAAGAUUUAUUUUCAUUAAAAUAUUUGAGAUGUUUUACAAAGGUGUGUCCAUAAGCAGUAUGUUGUUCAGAACUAACAAAAACUGACCUGUUAAGCUAGAGGUUUUCUGCUUGCCCAUGAAUAGCAUUGAACUUUGCUUGUCCUUUAACAUGAAGUGUUUGCUUGAAGCAGGUUUCAAUUCCUUCCAGUAGUGCCACUGUAUUUUGUCUCUGAUUAAAGGAGCUUGGUGUAGUAUGUUUGCAGAAAAUCCUUUAAGUGACAAAUUAUACAGCUUAUUAUAGUGUGGGGAAAUGGGGAAUCUAAAUUUUAAAUAAAAUUAUAUAUAUAUAAAUAUAUAUAUAAAUUGGUGCUGAUUUUAUAAUGGCGCAGUUUUAGUUUUUUCUUACUUUUUGAAUUCCAACUUAAAGUUAUGAGGUUUCAGAAAUAUAUAAAAAAGUUUAACAAUGUUUAAAAUGGAAGAAGCAUGAAUAUUCAUGCUUUAAAUGAUUUUUAAAUUUGUAUUUUAUAUUGUUUUAUCUAUAUUUGUCUUUGCAAGCAGUCUUCAGGUUAAAGAUACUUCUAACUGGUUACAGUAGUUUUAUUUUACUAUAUGUAAAUUAGUUUGAAUAAUAGAAGUUCAUAAACCCAAUAUUUUCUGUAAAAGCUAAGCUUUAAGUUUCACUUUGUCCUUUCACAAGUAAACUAACAGUGUGAGAGAAUAUGGCCAUAUGCUGUUUAGGCAUACUCAUUGUACAAAGCUUGGGCAGCUAUGUACCACUUAAAACAUUAACUUAUAUUACAUAUGUAUAUUUUUGUCAGUUGUCUGAAUUCACUUGUAUUAUUUUAAUCAUUCCAUGCCUUAAUAUACUUGCAUAUGAGAACACCCAGAUUCUUUGUUUUGGAUUCUGAUAUUGUAAAGAUGGAACUACAGGCUGAGGCAGCCAAAAACCAUGAGGUUAUCCAAAGGGUUAUAAAAGUGAACCUUUUUAAUGUCACAGAACAUCCAUUGAGCAUCAAAAUCAUACAUAACUGUUUUUAUAUUAGUAAGUUUAAUUAUGUCAGAAACAACAACCUAGAGUGUUUUCCACACCACUGCAUUUAAAAGAACUGCUGAAAGGACUGUACAUAUGAUUUUAAGCAGAAGUUGAUUUUUCUUACUCUUGAAAAUGUGUUUUCUUUGUGGAAGCAGUUCUUAACAGCUGUAUGUUUUCAACAAGCUAAAAUGUUUUAUAUAUUUACCUUAACCUGUUGUCCUUCACAUUCUGUUGUCCUCUGUACUUUCUGAUUUGUAUUUAUGUCUCGAGACAGUAACUUUUUGAAUAAAAGUAAACCUGCAUUGGUUGUA